GCCUCCUUUAACUGCAGGAUUCUUGGCAGGAAGCCCAGAAUGGAUUGACGCUCUGGGAAGAAUGGGCCGAGCGGGCUGGGGAGGAGUUCUGGAGGGUCCAGCGUUCCGGCCUCAGAGAGUCCGGCGGUGGGGCGGGUUGAGGCUUGGGAUCUCCAAGAAACCAGGAAUCUGGACAUGGCAGGGGUUAUUUCGCGGUGGCAGUGGCUCCUUACGGAAUAUCCUGGCCAUUAUCGCUGGUUCUGCUGGCGCCUGAAGAAUUUGGCAUCGAGUGAGUUUUCUGACAUAUUUGAGCACAGGACCCAGGAGUACUUUGGAGAGAAAACUGGUCCCAGAGGAGCUGGACAGACCGUAGAAAUGAGUCCUGCAGAUGCCCUUGAUGAUGAAAAUACAUUUAAAAUCUUAGUUGCAACGGAUAUUCAUCUGGGAUUUAUGGAGAAAGAUGCAGUCAGAGGAAAUGAUACCUUUGUAACACUUGAUGAAAUUUUAAGACUUGCCCAGGAAAAUCAAGUGGAUUUUAUUUUGUUAGGUGGUGAUCUUUUUCAUGAUAAUAAGCCCUCAAGAAAAACAUUACAUAACUGCCUCGAGUUAUUCAGAAAAUAUUGCAUGGGUGAUCGUCCCGUGCAGUUUGAAAUUAUCAGCGAUCAGUCAGUCAACUUUGGUUUUAGUAAGUUUCCGUGGGUGAACUACCAAGAUGACAAUCUCAACGUUUCGAUUCCAGUGUUUAGUAUUCAUGGCAAUCAUGAUGAUCCCACUGGGGCAGACGCACUCUGUGCUCUGGAUAUUUUAAGUUGUGCUGGAUUUGUAAAUCACUUUGGACGUUCCAUGUCUGUGGAGAAGAUAGACAUUAGUCCAGUUUUGCUUCAGAAAGGAAGCACAAAAAUUGCUCUAUAUGGCUUAGGAUCCAUUCCAGAUGAAAGGCUCUACAGAAUGUUCAUCAAUAAAAAAGUAACAAUGUUCAGACCAAAAGAAGACGAGAACUCUUGGUUUAACUUAUUUGUGAUUCAUCAGAACAGGAGUAAACAUGGAAGUACUAACUUCAUUCCAGAACAAUUUUUGGAUGACUUCAUUGAUCUUGUUAUCUGGGGCCAUGAGCAUGAAUGUAAAAUAGCUCCAGCCAAAAAUGAACAACAACUCUUCUAUGUAUCACAGCCUGGAAGUUCAGUGGUUACUUCUCUUUCCCCAGGAGAAGCUGUAAAGAAACAUGUUGGUUUGCUGCAUGUUAAAGGAAGGAAGAUGAAUAUGCAGAAGAUUCCUCUUUGCACAGUACGGCAGUUUUUUAUGGAGGACGUUGUUCUGGCUGCUCAUCCAGACAUUUUUAACCCAGAUAAUCCUAAAGUAACCCAAGCCAUACAAAACUUCUGUUUGGAGAAGAUUGAAGAAAUGCUAGAAAACGCUGAACGGGAACGUCUGGGAAAUUCUCGACAGCCAGAGAAACCUCUUAUACGACUGCGAGUGGACUAUAGUGGAGGUUUUGAACCUUUCAGUGUUCUUCGCUUUAGUCAGAAGUUUGUGGAUCGGGUAGCUAAUCCAAAAGAUAUUAUCCAUUUUUUCAGGCAUAAAGAACAAAAGGAAAACACAGGAGAAGAGAUCAACUUUGGGAAGCUCAUCACAAAACCUGCAGAAGGAACAACUCUAAGGGUAGAAGACCUUGUGAAACAGUAUUUCCAAACCGCAGAGAAGAAUGUACAGCUCUCACUUCUAACAGAAAGGGGAAUGGGCGAAGCAGUGCAAGAAUUUGUUGACAAGGAAGAGAAAGAUGCCAUAGAGGAAUUAGUGAAAUACCAGUUGGAAAAAACACAGCGAUUUCUUAAAGAACGUCAUAUUGAUGCUCUAGAAGAUAAAAUCGAUGAAGAGGUGCGUCGCUUCAGAGAGAGCAGACAAAAAAAUACUAAUGAAGAAGAUGAUGAAGUUCGAGAGGCCAUGACUAGGGCCAGAGCCCUCAGAUCUCAGGCAGAGGACCUUGCUUCCGGCUUUAGUGCCGAUGACCUUAUGAGUAUAGAUUUGGCAGAACAGAUGGCUGAUGACUCUGAUGAUAGCGUCGCAGCAGCAGCCAACAAAGGAAGAGGCCGAGGAAGAGGCCGGAGAGGAGGAAGAGGCCAGAAUUCAGCAUCGAGAGGAGGGUCUCAGAGAGGAAGAGGCACCAGUUUAGAGACUUCUACUCGAAGCAGAACUUCAAAGGCCUCUAUGCCAACAUCAAGAAAUAUGUCUAUUUUAGAUGUCUUUAAACCUACAAGACAGCAGCCCUCCCAAGAUGUUGCUACUAAGAAUUACUCAGAGGUGAUGGAGGUGGAUGAGUCAGAUGUCGAAGACAACAUUUUUCCUACCACUUCAAAAACAGAUCAAAGGUGGUCAAGCACAUCAUCGUCCAGCAAACACAUGUCCCAGAGCCAAACAGCUAAAGGGAUCGAGUUUGAAUCAGAUGAGGACGAUGAUGACGAUCCUUUUAUGAACAUUAGUUCUAUGAGAAGAAACAGAAGAUAAUAUAUUUAGUGGUACUGAGAAAUUUUCAAGAUUCAGGAAAAAUCAAAACAUUGCAAGCUAAGGGUUAGCAGUUGAAGAUUCAAGUAUUUCUGUUAACUGAAGAAUUUGAAAGAGACUUAACAGAGAAACUAAUGCUUAAGAAUUUAUGUUCUUGAAUAUCGUUUCCUGAACAUGACUCCUUUACUUGAGAAACUUCCCAGCUCAAGGACAUAGAGAAUAGCAUUGGUUCCCCUUAUUUUUUAAUCUGGUUGUUAACAUUACCUGGGGAUGCUCUAUAAAAUUUAGAAUGUUAGUUUUCUGACACACAUUGGUGUAUGUCUUCCUGAGUGAGGGCUUUGCUUAAAGAUCAUUCUUGAGAAAGGAUGAAAAGCAAUCUAUCACUGUAUUUCAAAUGCUUCGUGACCAAAGACAAACCAUCUGUAUUUUAAUUUGGUUACAUUUAGCCGAAGUUGAGGAAAGGACAUUACAAAACUUAAACCUCCUUAUAAUUUGCAUAAUUUCUAGAGAUUCUGGAUUUCUUGAAGGUCAAAUAGUCUGUGUGAAACUGUGCCUGAGCUCACUGUUUAUUACUAAGUAUGUUCCUUUUCUAAUGCUUAUGACAAUAUCAACCACUAAGACUUUGAAAGAUUAGAUGUAUCUUAUACUUUGAAUAGUUAGAUAUGUUUGUAUUAAAAAAAUAGAACAGUCUGUCAGAAUUAUUGAGUUUUUGAUUCCAGUUGUGGCAAAAAUUUUAAAAGAUUAUGUUCCCGAGUGGUAGCAGUUUUGUUCAUUAUUCUCAUGGUUCUGUCUCUCUCUCUUUCUGUAUCUCUCAUUUAUUUCUAGGAGGAAAAGAGAUAAAAACUUUUUUUAACUAUAUCUUUCAUAGAAAAUAUUGAAGAACUUUUUUAGAUAGAUUGGUAAGUUGGUAUAUUAGAUUAAAAUAUUGAAAUAUAACUUCUAUAGAAUAUCAAUGCCAAGAUUUCUCAUUAAGAAUAUUUUAUCUUAAGAUUAGGCAUAGUCAAUCCAGAAAUCUUAGUGAAGCGACUCAUGUUAAGUUUAUAUUUUCUUUCUUGUGUUCAGGAGGACAUAAAAAUUUGACCUCUUCAGAUUUAAGUUCAAUAAGCCCAUUCUCCAUUUUAAGACUCUGUUAAAAGACCCCUGAGAGUAUUCCUCCCUUCCAUCUAUGAGGCAGCUACAUUUAAAGACUCCCAAAGGAAGUUAUAGAUCUUGAUGGUAGAAUAGCUUGACAUUUCUUCAUAUGUAGAAACAAACACUUGACUGAGUAAUAUUCCUGAUUAUUGGCGUAGUCAUACCUGGAGUUAUUAAAGACAGAAUAUCUGUCUGGUGGCUGCCUCUUUUUUUAUAGCCCUGUGAGAUGGCCUAAGUCGAGAACUGCUACAUAACAUUCUAAUGAGUUUCUUUAAAAAUAUUUUCUGUACGUAACUUGAGCAUAAGGUUUGUUUUAGCAGGUAGCAUUAACUCAGCAGAAGGCCUUGUCCUGUGAAAUAGUCUCAGGCACAGCUGCCCACAUCUGUAAUAGUCCCAGUGUGUGGAUGAAGCAGAGGUGAAAUCGUGAGUGAGAGCAUCUUUCCAUGGUGGAAUGGAUGCUGGUCUGGGUGGCAGUCUCUGGGCGAUGCAGUGUUGCCCCUGCACAGGGCAGCAUCAGCUAAUGGCUCAUGUCACCUGCCGCUGAGAUAUGCUUGGGUGAGGGUCAGAAUGAAGGAGAUGGUCACUAAGGCAUCCCAAUAGGUUCCUGAAAAAAAAGAAGGCAGUUCUCUCCCUUUCUAAAAAUUGUUCUACGAUAUGAAAUAGGUAGUAAGCUUGAUGUGCUUAGCCCUGGGAAAAGUGAUUCCAUGGCAGCUGGAGAGAUGAUAUUCUCUUUGAUGAAUUCAAGUGAUUUUGUGAAUAGUUAGUGUGCACCACUUCCUGGAAAUACAGGAAAUAAGAGGUGAAAGAAAAACCUUUUUGCCUGAAUAUUGUUGCACAGUUAAAUAUGUCUUAUAUCCUUGAUAUUCUCUGCUCAUGCAGUAACAUCUAAGGUUUGGGGCAGUGUUCAUACGUGUUGCUAGAGGUGUGUACAGGUGAUUCCAGAUCAUGGCAGAGCACCUGCAGUUGCUCUUGGAGGCUGAGAGAGCAGCGGUGAAAACAUUCUGAGGAAACAGUCCUUCCAUCAUUCAGCAAAGAAUAUGUCUCUUUUUGAUAUUUUGUUUCCUAUCAUAAAAAUACAAUAGUGCAUUUACAAGGUUAAGAAUGCACUGUAGCUCUAGGAAAUAUAACUGAUGCUUGGAAAAUUCAAGCAUUUAGGCAAAUGACUUUUAAUUCAGGUACAUUUUUUCCCUAAACUUUUAAAAUUGCAAAACACAGUAACAGAAAAGUCAUGUGGUUUAACAAAUAAUUAUAAAACAUCUCUAUAGCGGUCAGAAAAUAGAACAUCACUAGUGCCCCCAAAGCCCGCCGAGGUGUCUCCUCUCCCCUGGGUAACAGUCUUAACCUCUCUAAUUCAGAAGCUCUUACUUUUGCCACAAGGUGGUGCUUCCACCAUUAGAUAGCAGAUAGGAUGAUGCAACUGCAAAUCUAAAAUUAAGAAGUUGUUAUAGUUUUGUGGUAAAUUUAGAACCUAUGCAGUAAUAUUAAACCUAUGCAGUAAAACCAAAAUUAGCCUUCUAAUCUUAUAUGUAAAUUGCUUUACGUAUUUCACCUGGCUCAGCCUGUUACUAAGGAAGUUGUCAGUUUGAUAAAUUUUACAUAUAAAGGUUCAAGAAGAAAAUGUUUUAUGUUUUAAUAAACAAAGAGAAAAACUCUUUAUUAGAAAAAGUGAAUUAAAAAGUCUCCCAUUGUAAAAUUUUUCUGUUGAAAUGUACUAUAUUUAAAAAUAACUUUACUCCAAUGUAAUCUGAUGUCCUUUUUUUGUAUCUAUCAUAUAUUUAAUUCAUAGUAUUUUGUGGCUUUUUAAAGCUAACUACUGUUAAGAUUAUUAUGAAAGUUUUAUAGAAUAAAGAUUUGGUUUUUUGAGUCCAAAGAGCUUCCACAUUCUGGAAUGAAAAAUGCCCACAUCAUUUGCUUAUCUCAUUCCCUUUCAGUAUUUCUCAACUUAAUGUUUAUUAGCUAGGUCUGAAAAUACUAGAAAUUUAAUUUGAUCUCUGUAAAGACACUCAUAUAGCUUGCUAUUGCCAUGCACAUUUGUUUAUCUUUACUGUUAGUGAUCGCUAGAUCUGAUUUUAGCUGUUUUUAAAUUGUAAAAACAAUGCAUAUUCUUCAAAAUUCAGACAUUGAAAUAUGUAUUAAAACAUGUAUAUUUCCCUGUAAUCCUCUCCCCAGACAUAACCUCUCAACAAUUAGGUACAUAUUUCUCCAAUUACUUCUGGCAUAACUACUAACAAAAAUUGUUGAAUUGGAACCCCAAAUUGUAUAGUCAAAUAUUUUAGUUCCCCAUCAAGGUAUAUGUUCACCUUGGUGCUUAUCUUAUCUUGAUUUUUCCACAUGUGCUUUGUUAACCUCUUUUAAUUAAACCAUCAUUGUCUGUUUUGAGGGAUAAUUGCUUUCCAGUGUGCAGUUUAAAUGUUAUCACUCAAUUUGGGUCAAAUAAAAGAAUACUUAAUCGGUUUGCCUUGA